UAUAUCUACAUAUAUAUUGAUGUGUCAGUAUAUAGCAAGUGAUGGCAAGUUACUUAUAAAAUAACAUAAGUCCGUAUAUAAAACGUUUAUUUUUGUAAAUAAAAAAAUUAAAUAUCCUUCACACAAUAGUUGUACAUCCUAAAAACUUUAUACGACACUUGACAGUAUAAUUAAGAUCUAAAAACUAUACAUACGUUUAAACCUCUAUACCUACAUGAACUGUCAGAUUUGAUAAUAAAAUCUAAAACGUCAAAAAUAAACGCCAUUUAUUUUUCCCUUUGUUGUUAAUAAAUUUAAAUGGUUAAAUUUAUUUCUCCGAAACUUUUACAACGAUAAUCAUCAUGAAUACUUAUGACAACAGAGGAGGAGGCUCAGGAGUUUCUGGCAAUGCAUUUGAUCGUUGGGUCCAGCGUUCAUCAAACAUAGCAGAUGACUCGCCAAUAACAAAAAUGCAGCACCAAUACUGGGUGACCAAGCAAGCGUUAUCCCGCAAACUCGGUAAAAAAGAAGACGAGUGUAUUGUCGCAUCAGACGCUGAGCUCGACGCAAAACUGGAGCUCUUCCGAAGCAUCCAGGAAUCAUGCACACAUCUUCUUCGAGUAAUUGACAAGUACCAAGAAAGAUUGUGCAUCUUAGCCCAGGAAGAGAAUGCAAUGGGCCGGUUUUUAAAAGACGCUGGCAAGCAAGACAAAACCCGAGCUGGUAAAAUGAUGUCAGCUGUCGGCAAAUCUCUGUCUUAUUCAGGCCAACAGCGGUUGACUCUACGCGGGCCUUUGGUAAGAUUGUACCAAGAAGUUGAAACUUUCCGGCAUCGAGCUGUUGAGGAUACUCUUGAAACUGUCCAGUCUAUGGAAAAAGCACGCACUGAAUACCGCGCGGCUUUGUCUUGGAUGAAAAAUAUUUCCCAGGAACUAGAUCCCGAUACUUCGAAGCAGCUCGAGCGGUUUCGGAAAGUCCAGACGCGUGUAAGGCGUGGUAAAGGGAUGUUUGAUAAAGAAGCGCUCGAUUGCUUGCAGAAAGUUGAUCUUCUUGCUGCUGCAAGGUGUAAUAUGUUCAGCCACGCUCUUGUCUUGUAUCAAAGCACCUUGUUAAAUUUUACUGAAAAAUCCGCCCAAGCUUACUCGACUAUUGCUAAUAGUUUUAAAGGAUAUCAGCAUUAUGAUUUUAUGGUGAUUAAAGAACUUGCUGAAACUUCUUCGAAAUUAGCUAAAGAGACUGGUGGAGAUAGUGACAAUUUUUUGAACCCGGAAAAUAAUGAUAAUAAAGAUAAGCUGUUGUUUUUUGACUCUGAUUAUCAUGAUCAUGAUCAUGAUAAUUCUAUUGAGCAAGCUCAGGAAGUAAAAGCUGAUAAAUCAGAACCAACCAAGCGUAAUAAUAAUCAACAAAAUGAUGAAGUUUUGCUGGAUAUUGGAGAAAGUUCGGGGGAAAAUAAUUCGAUUUUUGAGUCUUUAAGUUUAACUGCUGAUACUGAUGGAAAUUUUGAUGGUAAUAAGAAAGAGUCAGGGAAUGAUAAGGAGCUUGAAGACUUUUUUGGUAUGUCUGGUUAUAAUUCUGGGCUUACAAAUGAAAAGCAAGUUAGUGAGUUGGAGAAAAGUUUGGCUGAACUAGACUUGGCUAUGGAUUCGUUUAAUGAGGAGAAUAUUAAUUUUGAUUUUGACAAUGCAACUUCGUUGCCUUCUUCGGAAAUUUCUAAGGAAAAAAUUACUAAGGAAGAUUCUGUACAAUCUUUGACGUCGGAAAAUAUUGCUCUGCUGGAGGAUAUUCUUAAUGGUGGAGCGAAGGCUAAUGUUGGCUGGGAUGAACUUAUGAAUGAUACUUUUUUACCACCGGGGAUUUUGAAACAAAGUCUUGGGGAUGCUGCUAUGGGGAAGAAAUUGUGUAAAGCGAAAGGUGAUGAUAAUAAGAAAAAGAAAGGAAACCAAAAGGCCAAUUCAUGGUUAGACUUAUUCGCUGAAUUGGAUCCAUUGGCGAAUAAUCCUAUCGAAAGUUUACCACGUUCUCUUGAUAAAAAUGCGCCACCAGUGUAAUUCUCUUCUUCUGGAAAUCGAAGGAAAGAAAAGGCAAAUGAAUCAUAUUUAUAUUUUAAUCAUUCCAAUAGUAUAAUGACAAUUACCAAUGAUUUUUACCAAAGAUUUAAUAAUAAUUAAGCAUUUAAAGAAAAAUAAAAUUAUAUACUUCUAUAUAAUAUAAAUAAACUUUAUGUUGUGAAUUGAU